CCGAUGGCUUUCUCGCAGUACUUUUAAUUCGACCAGACCCAAAAGAGAACGUGUGGCCAGCGACCUCAAUUGCAAGCUUAUCAACACUUUGCCAGUCAGUUGCUUUACAGAUACGUUUUUCUUUUGCCCUGUUAUUUCGCAAGAAUCUGACGCAGGUAGACGUCGUGCAAUCGGAAAGUGACGACUGACUCGUCGACUCCUAUCGAAAAUAGGAAUUCGAGAAAGAAUGCGAUUCGUUCAAUUUCGGCUUCUAGAUGACUCACAACAGACAAUUCGAGUCGGCAUUUACAACAAGGACAACGGCAACGUGCUGGACCUCACAAGUGCGUUGCAACAGCCCAACGCUGGACCCAUCAACAUGGUGAAUGCCUUGGCCAAAUUAGGUAGCCAAGGUGUCAUGCAUACAGCAGCCAGCAGUAUGGAAACGCAACUAAAUCAAGAGUUGGACAAGUCAAAAUAUCAACUGUUGGCCCCCAUCACGUCUCCGGAUAAGGUCGCCUGCAUCGGAAUGAACUACAAGGAUCACUGCCAAGAACAGGGCGUGCCAAUACCCAAAGAGCCACUCGUUUUCAGCAAAUUCCCGAGCUGCAUCGUUGGACCGUUCGACAAUAUUCCCUCCCCUGCUGAUUUGUCCGAGGAACUCGACUGGGAAGCCGAGCUGGCCGUGGUGAUCGGCAAAAAAGGAAAGAAUAUCGACGCCUCUUUGGCAAAGGAUUACAUUUUCGGAUACACAGUGGCUCACGACGUCUCGGCUCGCGAUUGGCAGUUGAGGAAGAACGGAGGCCAAUGGCUUCUCGGCAAAGCCAUGGAUGGAUUCUGCCCUAUUGGGCCGUGCAUCGUGACGGCCGACGAGAUCCCCGAUCCUCACAAUCUGGCCCUUUCCUGUACAGUCAAUGGACAAGUGAAACAAAACAGCACGACCGCUCAACUUGUUCACGGAGUCUAUGAUUGCGUCGCUUGGCUUUCUAAGUUUUGCACGUUACAGCCGGGCGAUAUUAUUCUAACUGGAACCCCACCUGGAGUUGGGGCUUUUGCCAAACCACCUCUCUUUCUCAAGAAAGGUGACGUGGUGGAAUGCGAAGUGGAAAAUAUUGGCAUAAUUCGCAACCAAGUUGUAUGAUUCUAUUCAAAUCUGAGAACGUCAAAAAAAAAAACAUGGCCAAAAAAACGUCGGAAAUAAAUUAUGCUUAGAACCUUUCUGUAAGAAGCAAUUUCACCAAUAAAACUGUAACCGCACUUAUAAUAAAAGCAACGGUUAAUAAAA